AUGGCUUCUCCUCAACAUCAACAACUGCUACUUCACAACAGUGAAGUGAGCUGCGACUCUAGCGGUGAUGGCGCUGCAUCCGUGCGUAUCAGUGGUACCAAACCACACAAACAGCAGCGUGGGGGCUCCAAACACUGCAAAUACAGCAUCUCUUCUAGUUGUAGCUCAGGCGAGUCUGGCAUCCGCAAACCGGCUAGCAAAGGCCUGCGGACGCAAAGGAAAAUGCCACAGCUGUUUGAGAGGUCAGCCGGGCACUUUUGGAACCCCAAGUUUGAUUCAAACAUUCUGGAGGAGGCCUGCCGUGAGCGCUGCUUCCCGCAGACGCAAAGGCGUUUUAGAUGUGUGUUGUUUUACCUGGCGGUCGCUAGUCUUCUGUGGGGCUUGUUCUUCAUUGUUAAUGCCAAUCGAUGUGAACAGACUGUCUUCUUGUUGCCUACAGCCUCAUUCCUACUCCUCUGUUGCCUCCUGUUCACCUUUACUUUUACACGGUUUUACGCCCACUGCUACACUCAGGCUUCACUGUUGCUAAUUGUGGUCACUUUCUCCCUGACACUUGCACCACAGAUCCAAACGACAGGUUUUAGCGACUUCAACAAUCUUUCUAUGAAGGGUGAAGAUAUAGGGGACUUCAGUGAUUCUGAGAGUGGAAACGUAACUUUUGAGGCUCCCCAAAGUAUAAAUUCAAAGGCCCCGUGUUUAUCUCCAGUUGGCACCUUCUCGCUUGGCAUGGAAGUGCUUUCGUUGCUCUACAGUUUCCUCCAUGUUCGUCUGUACGCUUCAGUACUUCUCGGCUUGCUCUACUCCAUUUUGUUUGAGACACUUGGCUGGAUGCACUUGAUUCAUGGUCAAGAAUGGAGCCACUUCCCCGAGGAACAUUUGGAAACUCUUUAUUGGUUGAUCCCUGGGAGAGUCAUUCUACAUCUUUGCGCCCACAUCAUCGGUAUACACCUUUUUAUUAUGUCAGAAGUGCGUUCACGAAGCACGUUCCUCAAGGUCGGCCAGGCCAUUAUGCACGGGAAAGACUUGGAGGUCGAAAAGGCCCUGAAGGAGCGAAUGAUCCACUCUGUGAUGCCUCGUCGGGUUGCGGAUGAGCUCAUGAAGCAAAGCGAUGAUGACAAUGACAAUUCAGUUAAACGUUACUCAACGGGAGCUGCAAUAGCCAGUGCUGCGAGCCCUAAAAAUGCCAAGCGCAAAAAGAUGUCAAUACCGCGAGGGCAGAUUAUUUUUCGACCCUUCAAUAUGAAACGCAUGGAGCCUGUAAGCAUCCUCUUCGCAGAUAUUGUCGGUUUUACCAAAAUGAGUGCCAACAAGUCUGCCCAUGCGCUGGUGGGACUCCUCAAUGAUUUAUUUGGCCGUUUCGAUCGCUUGUGUGAGCUUACAUGUUGCGAGAAGAUCAGCACGCUUGGGGACUGUUACUAUUGCGUUGCCGGUUGCCCCGAACCACGAGAGGACCAUGCCUAUUGCUGUGUAGAGAUGGGGCUUGGAAUGAUCCAAGCCAUUGAGCAGUUCUGUCAGGAGAAGAAGGAGAUGGUAACAAUGCGUGUUGGCGUGCACACGGGCACUGUACUUUGUGGGAUUCUCGGGAUGAAGCGUUUUAAAUUCGACGUCUGGUCCAACGAUGUCAAUUUAGCCAAUCUCAUGGAGCAGUUGGGCUUUGCUGGAAAAGUUCACCUGUCCGAGGCCACGGACAAGUUCUUGGAUGAUCGUUACCUGCGAGAGGACGGGCGGGUCCCAGAAAGGAUCGGACCAAGUGUGGUUGCAGAUCAACUCAAAGGUCUUAAGACGUAUCUGAUAUCCGGGCAUAAACUGAAGCAUGCCCAGUGGAGCUGCCCGCAGUCUGGUGUGGCAGCAGCAGAACUGAGAAAUUCUACCAGCGUCACGUCUUGCUGCCAUGCCCCUGACCUCACGACCUCAGCCUGUGCACUGACAACUGGCCUGGACAGAGUCAAAUCUGCCUGUCCCUCAUGUAACGUGUUGACUUCUGAAGACGGGGCGGUUCUAAAGAGUUGCACGGAUCCAGAUCACAUGACCAUCAACAGCAAGGGGCCCCCAUGCCGGAGUCCCAAGGCCCUUAAUGGCUUGUUAAGCCCCCACCUGGAGCAGCCGUUGACCCACAGUCAGACGUCACUGUGCGAGAUGCUCCAGGAGAAGAAAGGGCGGAGGGGCGGAGUCAGUGGAGGGGGAACUAUGGACCAUUCUGCCCUCAUCCCGCUGCGUUCCAAAAACUUCCGUGAGAGGAGCGAUGCUCACUUCGUGGACGUAAUAAAGGAGGACAGUCUGAUGAAAGAUUACUUUUUCAAACCACCCAUCAACAAGCUGAGCCACACGUUCAUAGACAAAUCUCUCGAGUCGGCUUACAAGACCAGCUACCAGGAGGAGGUGGAGACACAGGCUCCUGUCCAGACCUUUGCCAGUCCCACAUUCAGCUCUUUUCUGGACAUGCUGCUGUGUUGUUGUGUGCUUCUGGCUCUCUCUUUGGCUUGCUUCCUGCGACCGCUGGUUACCCAUCAGCCGCUGCCCACACCGGCCCUCAUAGUGGCGGCAGUGGCGGCCGUGCUUGAGUGUUUGGCCCUAUUGCUGGCUAUCCGAAGAGCAUUUUACUUAGGCGCGGUUCUGAACUGCACCAGAACUCUCCUUUGGGCGAUCUCCGGCUGGAUUCCCCGUCACAUGAUUGGAGCCGUGCUGGUGUCUUUACCUGCUGUGGCGGUGUUCUCACAUAUCACCUGUAAUAUGCAUCAAUCCAUACAGUUCACCAUGUUCACCUGCUGUGCUGUCAUAAUCACCAUCAUCCAGUACUGCAAUUUCUGUCAGCUCAGUUUCUGGAUGCGUUCAAGCUUGGCGACGCUAGCAGGACUCACUUUCCUUAGCGUGCUGUGGAGCCCCCCCUGCAGAUCCAGUGACGUCAACAGCAGUGAUAUUGACAUCCAAACCUCUGGUAAAGAUGUGGCCCGACCCCAGGACCUGCUCGGCCCAGAGGCGUUGGUGGCCUUUUUCCUGUUGAUUCUACUCGUCUGGUUCCUCAACCGCGAGUUUGAGGUCAGCUACCGGCUACACUACCAUGGAAACAAGGAAGCAGACCAACACCGCAUUAAGAUCCAAAAUAUGCGCGACCAGGCAGACUGGCUCUUGCGAAAUAUUAUUCCCAUCCACGUGGCCGAGCAGCUAAAGGUGACCCAGAGCUACUCGAAGAACCACGACAAUGUGGGAGUCAUCUUUGCUAGCAUCGUCAACUUCGGCGAGUUCUAUGAAGAGAGCUACGAAGGCGGCAAAGAGUGCUACCGCGUCCUAAAUGAACUUAUCGGGGACUUCGACGAACUCUUGCGCAAAUCGGACUUCUCCAACAUUGAGAAGAUCAAGACGAUUGGCGCCACUUACAUGGCGGCAUCAGGCCUCAAUACGCAACAGUGCAGCGACCAAGCGCACCCUCACGCCCACCUGCGAGCGCUGUUCGAAUUUUCCUUGGAAAUGAUGCGCGUGGUUGACGACUUCAAUAAAAACAUGUUGGGCUUCAAGUUCAAGUUACGGAUCGGGUUCAACAAUGGGCCUCUUACUGCCGGAGUUAUCGGCACCACCAAGCUACUCUAUGACAUAUGGGGCGACACGGUCAACAUUGCAAGUCGGAUGGACACUACAGGCGUUGAGUGUCGCGUUCAAGUUAGCGAGGAAAGCCAUUGCAUUCUCAGCGGAAUGGACUACGAGUUCAACUACCGUGGUACCGUCAACGUGAAGGGUAAAGGGCAAAUGAAGACCUACCUUUACCCGAAGAGCGCAGACAGCGGUCCCGUGCCGCAGUACCAGCUAUCGGUCUCCCCAGAAAUACGAGCGCAGGUGGACGGUAGCAUCGGCCGCUCUCCCACCGAUGAGAUCGCCAAUAUGGUGCCUACCACCAAUGCCAGUAGAGUUGGUCCAUCGUUUUCUGUGAGCUCAGGUCUUACUGGACAAGGAUACGUUGGGAGAGACUUCACUGAGAAGGUAUCUAGCAGUGACCGUACAUCCAAGACCCAGCGAUCCGCAUCUGCCGUUGGUCUGACUUGUAUACCAGAGACCAGCUUGAGUGGAAGUCCAGCUGCAUUUGGUAGACCACAAGACCCAAGUAUGACCAGAAAACCAUGAAUCAAAGGCCAUGACAGAGGAUGAAGACGUGGAGUAUAUUGGUGAACUGACAAAACUUUGACUCUAAACAAACCAACAAUGUUGUACUUGUUGGUCGUCCCUGCUUAGAAAAACAGCUUAAACAAGCCUAAGCAGGUUUUCUGGUUUUCACUGGUUUAAGAUGGUUUCCCAGCCUGGGAAAGCUGGUCUUCAACUAGUUUAGCCGGUCGGCCAGCUGGUCUCCAAACCUGACCAGCUGAAAAAUGCCCAAACGCCCUUUAAAACCAGCAAAUAGACAAACCUGGGAAACCAGCUAAGACCAGCAAGCCACCUUGGGCUAGUUUAAGAUGUUUUUUUAUCAGUGUUAACCCUUUACAAGGGGUUUGCAACCCUUACCUUUGAGUUUUUAAGGAUAGGCAUGUUUAGGGAUGCACAUAUGUUAGCAUAGAUUUGCAUCUGUGUAUGUCAAGUAGAGAAGUUUCCCGAGUUUAAGCAUUUAAGCACAUAAUCUUACAAGCGUAUUGCAGCACAAACAGACCUAUAGUACCGUUCUUAAAGGGACAGAUCACACAAAAAUGAAUCUUCUUUCAUCAUUGAAUCACCGAUGUGUUGUUUCAAACAUGAAUGAAUUUCUUUCACAUGGAACACAAAAAGAGAUGAAUGCCUCAGUCACCAUUCACUUGUAUGGAAAAAAGAAGGAAAUCAUACAGAUUUUGGAACAGCAUGAUGAUGAUGAGUAAAUGACGACAGAAUUUUCUUUUUUUUUUUUGGGUGAACUGUCUCUUUAAACAGGCCACAAUUAUUUCCACUAAUUUCAUUUGAAAUAUUAUUUCGCCUCUAGCUCUUACUCUUUGUGAAUUACUUUCUUUGUAAUGAAGUGCCUUUAGGACGAUAACAAUAUAUUAGGCAUUUUCAAUCAAUCAAAUCUUGAAUAGAUUCAAGCAUGUAAAUUGGGCGUUAGAAAAAAAGCUUUAGUUUUUGUGGAAUUGUUUGAUAUACAGUGAGGAAAAUAAGUAUUUGAACACCCUGCUAUUUUGCAAGUUCUCCCACUUGGAAA